CUAGGGUUUCCAACUUAAGUUGGUGGAGUAACACAUUAAUAUGAAAAAACUGAUGAAAAACUUGUCACUAAAGUUUCAGAAAUCAAAGUUGUUAGGAGACCUGUUGUUCCAAAGUGUAAACUUGAGGGACCGUUAAUGUAAUUAACCCCAAAUUUACCAUAAGGUAAUUAGUGGGGAUUGGGGAAUGUUACACCCAAAUAUAUACGUUGGUUUGCUAGCUAGGGUUUCCAGUAGGCAUUAAUCGUCAAUCCCUCUGCAAAUCUGCCGGCGGAUACAGUUUGUCGUUCCCUUGAUCGAGUUCCAUCGAAUAUCUCCGGAAUCAGGUAAUUAGGUUAAUGCAACCUCCGUAUUGGUCUCCUCUAGUUUUCCAUUAAUUCGCUUCGUUCCGUCAUCUUGUUGUCUAUGCCCUAAUCGGUCAGACUGUUCUUCACGGGCCGGGGUAGCUCAACUUUUUUUCUUGGCAAAAAGAAAAAGAGCGGCGAACAUGGCAGCUGCAGGGAACUCGGACGGGUCAACCCGCCGCCAGGCCCAAGAAAUCGGAGACAGGUUGAGCGAUCUCCCCGACAACAUUCUGCACCACAUCCUGUCGUUCCUCAACACGAACUACAUCGUACAAACCAGCGUCCUGUCGAGGAGGUGGAGAUCCCAGUGGGAAAACGUCCACGCUCUCAAUUUCGAGGUGCUCCACCACCACUGCCACGUACGCCAAGCCAAGUUCAGAGAACACGUGGUCGAGUUCCUGUCUCGCCGCGGCGGACCCGACGACUCCGCAGCUGUCUCCAGCGUCACCAUCGACGUGAACAACGCCGCUUGGGAACUGGAGACGGACCUUUUUGAUACGGUCAUGAAGUAUGCUCGUACUCUGCGCCGACUGGGAGUGCACGGCAGCACUCUGGCGACAUUUUUUUACGCCAACUUCGACGAGCUCGCUGCCUCCCUGACGGCUCACCGCCAUCACGAGUCUCUCGAGGCUCUCGAAUUGGGCCGCUGCAGUCUCCAGAACGGCGACGCUUUUGGUUCCGUGGGAUUCGGCAGCCUGACGAAUCUUGAACUCCGUGGCUGCACGUUUUCGUCAUGUUGUGACCCUUUCGUUGGUAUCCCUAGGCUGAACCGCCUGAAGCUUGAUUCGUGCUCGUUGUCAAUGUGCAGCUUGAAAAUCUCGGGGCUCGAGCUCCUGAGCCUGGAGAUCUCAGGCGUAUACUCGGUUAGAGGAAUUGAUGUGGUUGCUCCGAAGCUGAAAUCUUUCGUUUUCCACAACUAUUCGGCGGCGUGUCUCGAGAACUUGGAGCUUCCUUCGCUGGACCGCGCGAUUGUUCGAGUAUAUUGGGGUGAUCGGCGGGGUCCUGACGCGGCGCGGAUUCAGAAGAACGAGGAAUAUUAUAUGAAGUUGUUGCGUGGGUUGCAUAAUGCAACAUCUCUCACCCUACGUUUUGAUAAGAUAUAUUACUGGAAGUGGAAAGAACAUGAAUUCCCAUUUAACAACAUGAAGUCGGCGAUGGAGUCGGAAGCAUCUCCGUUUACGAGGCUGAAGAUCUUGAGGGUGGAGUACCCACUAGACCCACCACCAAUCACGCUACAUGAUCACGUGAUCCGUUAUUUCUUCGAACGCUCGUCUAAUGCAGAAGAGAAGAUCGUUAAGUUUGAGAAAGGUAAAACGUCUUGAAUAAUGCACCGUUGUUAAACUUGUUGCUCCAAAGCUGAAACCUUUCCUUUUUCCACAGCUUCGAGACGAUGAACUAGAGGUUGAAUGAGGCAUAUAUCGAGUCAUUUUUUGUUGGUUGCAUAACAGCAACAAUGGUGUUUCCCGCCAACAGCUGGAGCAGGAAGCAUCUCCAUUUCUCCGACUGAAGAUCUUGCAAGGUGUUGAUGUGAUAUGAAUUGGAUUAUCAGCCUCUACGACUGGAAGUCACAAGAAUUUAGUCUGUAACUGUUUUUCUUUUACCAUAUUGGAUUAGGGUUAGACAUUGGAGAAGUACUAUAAAUACUUCUCAUACUUUUUGUAUCUCUUUAAGUAUAGUGAAACUGGCUCUCUUUUGCUCGUAGACUAGCUAACACACAUUGUGUUAGUGAACUACGUAAAUCGUGUGUGUUCGUGCUUUUCAUUUUUUUCUUGCUUGUCGAUUCCUCUUAUUUCCCGACCCAUAGAAAACAGCCGUGAACAGGGUGUGAGAAAUCCUAUGAUUGAAGUUGUCCGUUAACCAGUGUAUCGACCUAUCAAAGUAGUAACAGAGAAGGUCCUGUCGACCCACUAAAUAGUUAUUGUACAGGGAAGGAAAAGAUUAAGAAUGGUUUCCCGGUGAUGUGGGUUUCAUGGAGUAACAUGCUUGAAUUUAUUUGAAUCACUACUUUCUUGCCUUCGUCGUCUUUGUCAUUACUAAUGUGUGUACUACUUUAACACGUCAAAAUUUCACAAUUUUGAAUUUGGAUGAAUGUUUCAUUGGUUUUUUGUAAAACCAUCGGUCUAAAUAAGACAAACUAUUAUUUAGUGGGUCCACUCUAUUACAACAGAAUUACUAGUAUAAUUGGACAAUACACUGGUCAACCGACAACCGAAUUAAUGUACCAGUUGAUUUGCUGUUAUCGUUGUGGCUCAACAAACCAAUUUUUCUAAACUUUAGAGACAAGUUUUUAAGAAAUCAAAGUUAAAGAUACCUAUUGUUAGGGGUGUUCAAACGGUGUGGUUAUCAUGGUAACCGUUUUAACCGGUAAUAUUUGGAUAAUUUAUUUUGGUUAAUUUGGAUAAUUGGUUUGGUUUGGUUAAAGUUUUUAGCUUGUUUGGUUUAGGUGGUUUGGUUUGGUUUCAGGCACUCUUAACCAGCCAAACCAAAUUAACCAGAUAAAUAAUUAGCCAUAUAUCUAAUAUAUACACAUACUAAAUAUUUUAAAUAACCACUCAAGAGUUAAACGUUCAUCCUUUUAGACUCAUAAAAUAUAAAUCUUGAUAUUGUUCCUAUAAUGUAUAAUUUGUAUAUGUAGAGUGUAGACCACAACAUAUGAACGCCUAAUUUAGAUAAAUCUCAUACAUUAUGUUGGAUGAAAACUUGAAAGCAAGGUAUUUUUCAGCCUAUCAAAAUUGCUAAAAGACUAAGUCAAUUCAAACAAACACAAUAAUUCAUUAACCCAUACCAUUGUGAUAAAUUUUUGUUAGGUGAAUAUUUCUAUACUAACCGUAAGAUAAUAUUCUUAGUUGCAUGUAUUUAUGUUAAGGGUCAACUAUAACUAUGUGUCGAUUGUUAUGUUUUAUUCAUUAUAUUUAUUUAUGAGAAUGUUUUAUUCAUUAUAUAAAUUACGAAUUGAUAAUUUAACCGAAAAUAUUCUCAUUUAAUGAUAAUAUGAUUUUAUAUUGGUUAAUCUAGUUAACCAAUUAACCAAACCGAUUAAACUUUAGUUUGGUUAAUUUGGUUGUUGUAUUAGUUUAGACGGUGGUUAUGAUAUUGUAUUUCCUGGUUAAUGAAAUUUAACCUUAUUUGAUUUGGUAAGCUUAACAUAUAUUAUGGCCGUUGUGGAGAAAGUUUUUGCCACGUAGGACAAAGAGAGCUCCACAAUUUUCCAUGUCAUUUUAUUUUAAUAUUUUAAGUUAUUAAUUACAUUAAAAUAAAACUAAAUAAACAUGUGUAUCAAUUAUCAUGACCAAGAUUUGAACCUCUGACCUCCAAGCUUAAACUAUCAUCAUUUCAAUUGUUCAACCAAUAAGAUAAAGUAUAUUUGAUGCUAUUGAUCACAACAAAACAUGUAUAUCAAUGACCAUAACUAGGAUUUAAUCAUGCAACCUAGGAGCUCAAACUAUAAUCAUUUAAGUUGUUUAACCAAUAGAAAAAAUAUCUUUUAUGGAAUUAAUCACAACAAGAUUAAUACUCAUUUUAUAAAAAAAUAUACAACACAUAAAAUUAUAUUUUUAUUUAAUGGUUGACUUAUGUACAUUACACAAUAAAAACUAUCACGGUUAAAUUUUUUAUUCUAUUAUUAAGAAACGAUAGAAAUCUUUAACAACUAAAAAUAACUUAUUUUAAUUUUUUUAGUUUAUAAUAUGUUUGAUAAUAUUUUUAAUUUUUUAAUAAUUAAAAAAAACUAAAAAGCAUGAAUUUAGUUGGUACCCAUUUAUUAACUUUUACAUAAUUUGACAUAUGAUUUUUAAAAAAUGAAAAACUAAAAAUAACUUUCGUAUUCUAAGACGAAAUAUUUAAUAAUUUUUUGUACGAGCGAAUAUAAAUAUGUGAACCAAUACAAUUAUGUUGCAAUU